ACUGGAUCCACACUGAUGUUUACUAAUAACUGAAAAUAGAAAUAGAUUUCAUUUAUUUUAACACAGUGUCUGGAUUUAAAGCCUGGUUAUAAUGGAUGAAGAUGGAUUACCGAUUAUAGGAUCGGGUGUAGAUCUUACAAAAGUUCCAGCAAUCCAGCAAAGGAGAAUUGUUGCUUUCCUAAAUCAGUUCAUCGUUCAUACUGUCCGCUUUCUCAACCGCUUUUCUACUGUCUGUGAAGAGAAACUUUCAACAAUAUCAUUACGGAUUCAGCAAAUCGAAACCACCCUCAGCAUCUUGGAAGCGAAGCUGUCCUCCAUUCCUGGCUUGGAAGAAGUAACAGUGGAUCAGAGGCUUUCUACAGAGACGAAUGGACCAGCAGUGGGACCCAGUAGUACUGCAACCUCAACUGCUUCUUCUCCUCCUUCUGAGGUUUCUGGACAAGGGCAGAACAGCCUUCAUGAGAGUAAAGCAGAGGUGGACAAUGUGAUGACUGUAGCAAAGGACCCACGAUAUGCCAGAUAUCUCAAAAUGGUGCAAGUGGGUGUUCCAGUGAUGGCAAUAAAAAACAAAAUGAUGCUUGAAGGUUUGGAUCCCAAUCUCUUAGAUACGCCGGAUGCUUCUGUACCAGAUGGAAAGAAGGAGAUGGAAGAACAAGACAACAACAGCUCCGACAGUGAAUCGUCGUUCAGCGAUUGAUCCCACUUUGCAGCCAAGCACAAACUUUAUAUUGAACUGAGCUGCUCAGGCAUUCAUGAGCUUGACUUUGUACAGGGUAAAUAUGCUAACAGUACAUGCCCCUGAUAUGGACAGUCUUUUCGAUUAUGUGCCAUAUAUGUGGCGUAAAUGUGCCUUAGAUGUGGCCGACACUGACCUACAAACUCCUAAACUCAUUGUAAGUCUGAGUUUACAGUGUGUUUUCAUAUUUAUGAAAUGAAAGUAUUAUCUUUUUGGAUAAUAGCUGGAAUAACUUCAUAUAAUAUCUUAAUACCUGUCUUGUGUUUCGGGGUUGUCUUAUUAAUGAAGACAUUUUACUUAUUGUUA